AUGGAUAACCAAGAGGAUAUGGAGAUUAUUAUAGAGGAUGAACCUUGUGAAACACAUUUAAUAAAUGAAAUCGAUGCAAAUGGGUAUUUGGUUAGUUCAGAAUUUGAAAGUGAAACAGGGGAUAACGAAGGGGAUAAUGAUGUAAUAGGAAUGGUUUUCGAUACUCCAGAUGAUGCAUACUUAUUCUAUAACCAAUAUGCAUUUUUACAUGGAUUUGGUAUACGGAUUCACGAAACUUACAAGAAUAGGAUAACGAAGGAGCAGUAUCAGAAGAUCUAUGUGUGCAAUAAAGAAGGGUUUAAGGAUAUGAAAGGUGAUAAGAAACGCCGCAGACCAUCAAGGACCGGUUGUGAAGCCAUGUUUCGGGUUUCUAAACGUAAAGACGGGAAAUGGGUUGUUGAUAGAUUUUAUGAUGCACACAAUCAUGAGCUAACCAGUACCCCGACUAAAGUAAUGAAACAUCGUUCUCAUGGGAAGCUUCAUCGCACACAGGCUUGCAAAGCUCUUAUGACAGAACUCAACGAGACUGGAUUGAGACCUUGUCACAUAAAGAAAGUCGUAAAUAAAAUGAAAGGAUCACAAGAAAAUGAUGUUACAUCAAAACAGGUUGCUGAUGUCUUAUCAGUGCAACGAAAACAAUAUAGAGGAUGGGUCGGGUCUCCUAGAAAUCUUUUUUGGGCUGAUGGAAGGUCAAGAGAUUCGUAUAUGAAAUUUUUGGAUGUUGUUGUGUUUGAUGUGACAUACAUGACAAAUAGGUUUAAAUUGCCAUUUGCUCCAUUUGUCGGUGUGAAUCAUCAUGGCCAAUCUAUCAUUUUUGGCGGCGCAUUGUUGGAGAAUGAAAAACAAGAAACAUUUGAAUGGUUAUUUAAACAGUUCUCGGAGUGCAUGUUUGGCAAACAUCCGUCUGCAAUAAUCACUAAUCAAGAUAAAGCUAUCGGGAAUGCUAUAAGAAAGGAAUUUCCAAACACCCGACAUCGUUAUUGUUCAUGGCACAUUAGUAGACACGAGGCAGAACAUAUCCCAUCUAUUGAAUCCCGUUAUAGUGGUUUUCAAGAAGCAUAUAGACAAUGGGUAAAGAGUGAUACAGUUGAGGAAUUUGAAACCCGCUGGAAAGAUAUGGAUGGUCAAUUUAACUUUCAAAGGAAAAGUUGGAUCGUGGAGAUGUACAAGCAACGUCAUCAUUGGGCUAAUGUUUUUUUAAAAGAUUUUUUCUUUGCUGGAAUGACAACAAGUGGUAGAAGCGAGAGCAUUCAUUCUUUUUUUGAUGGCUAUGUUAAUUCAAAUACCAUGCUGAAUGAGUUUGUUGUCCAAUAUGAUAAUGCUGUUAAGUGUCGUAGGCGAGCAGAAGAAGAUGAAGAUUUUCAGACAAUGAAUACAAGGCCAGUUCUUUCAUCUGUCAAUCCACUUGAAGCAAAAGCAGGUGCACGUUAUACUAAAAAUAUGUUUGAAGUUUUCAAAAAGGAGUGGAUAGAAGCAACUAACAACUUAACUCAUGAAACUUUGACCAAAAGUUCCAAGGCGAUUAUAUAUAAGGUUGGGCAACUAGAUACUGAUAAGAAGUAUUGGCGAAUGGUUCAUUUUUGUUUCUCAAGUGAAGUAAAUGUCACAUGUUCGUGUGCUAAAUUUGAAACUUAUGGAAUACUAUGCAAGCACAUCUUAUAUGUGUUGAAGAAGAAGCAUAUUGAAAGUCUUCUGGAUCGCUACAUUUUACCUAGGUGGACACUUGAUGCUAGGUACAAGGAGGAUGGUUGUAGCAUACAACUCCACGAUAUAAAUAGUGAGAGUGGAGUUAGCGCCUUAACAUUAUGGUGUGUUCAAUCAAAUUCUACGAAAGCAAUUGAACAAGCAAAAGACUCUGUUUCUGAGAUAAAGAAGCUAAAUACUUUGUUGUUGAACUUUUUGGAAGAACAAACAAAUCGAAAAGGGUCCAAAGAGGUUGGUAACCUACCCCAAGCUUCUAAUGUGGAGAGUUCACAAGUAAACGUGAUGCCUCAAAUGCUUGUCCGGGAUCCUCUACUUCCAACUGUUACUAAAGGACGUCCUAAAAAAGCAAGUAGAAUUAAAUCACCACUAGAAGCACCAAAAAUGAAAACUUGCUCUUAUUGUAAGGGAUUGGGUCAUUACAUUACUGGAUGCCCAACAAAGAAGGCGGAAGAUGCGUUGCUAAAAACAAAAGGAUGA